UUUCUAUGCAGUUCUUUUAAAAAUGGCAUCGCGUGAAGAGUGGUGCGCCGAAAAACUAACAAAACUUUUAAAAGAAGACUUAAGAAUAUCAACGUUAAAUGAAAUUAGGGAUCAUCUUACUUCAGUUCCUCAAAAUGAAGCAUCUAGAACUGCAAAUCUCCUGGAUUUGCCUUUGGUUUUCGAUUGUUUAAAUGAUUCAAACACGGAACAAAUUGAUUUAGCAUGUGAGGUCCUCUCCCUUUGCAUGAAUAAUCUAAAUCUAGGUGAAAGCACAAAUAAAUACAGUCUUCCACUAGAAAGAGCACUAAAUCAUCCCUAUAAUGCUGUUAAGCUUAUGGCAUUGAAGGAAAUAGAUCGAAAUGUCUCAAAUGAAGAAUCAUUAAUAAAUAUAUGUAAAAGAGUCUCGUUAUUAAGCAACAUAAUAAGAUGUAUUGGCGACAGUGAUAUAACUGUAGCAAAGGAAGCUUGCGACAUAAUUGUAAAGUUAGGACUCUUCUCCACGGGAUUAAAGCAGCUUAUAUCAAACGAUGUGAUGACAGUUCUCCAUGAAGUUAUGUCGAUUAGUGAGGUGGUUCGAUUAAGAGUUUAUGAAGUGGUUGUUAACAUAUCUAAAGACUCGGAAGAAAACUUUACUCAUUUAAGUUCAACUGGAUUAAUAGCACAGAUAUUUGAGGAAUUAGACAGCAAUGAUGUUUUACUGAGAAUGAAUGUUGUCGAGUUAUUGACACAACUUGGUUUGAGUAGGCAUGGAUAUAACUAUUUGGAACAUAACGGCAUCUUAAGCAAAUUGUUUGGUUUCAUAGAUGACAAUGAGGAUCCUACGCUAGUCCAAAUUUGUGAACCAGGUAUUUUAAAAUUCUUUGGUCAUAUGGCGAACUGGAAGCCCAUUGAAUUACUCUCAAAAUAUCCAAAAUUUUUCGACAGAUUAUUUUCUAACAUUGAAAGUGGAGACUUGAUAAUUGUUGGUGUAUCAUUAGAUACGUUAGGGGUUAUUGGACUUACGAAUUCAGGAAAAUGUGCCUUGCAAUCCACAGGAAACAAAAUGACUUAUGCCAUUAAAACUAUUGUUAAACUGCUAACUUCUUUUCCGACUGAAGUAAGGUUAAGGGCAUUGAAUUGUCUUGAAAAUCUGUUAGCCGUCGAGGAGCAAAAAAAUGAUAUAAUGCAAAUCACUCGAAGGUGGUAUGGACUAUUUGGGGAUGAUCCGAUGGAGAUAAUUUUAAGAUAUGCCAAAAAUCCAUUCUCUGAAAUAAAAUUAUCUGGGCUAGGCAUUUUACGUGUCAUCGCUGACCAGCAGUGGGGACAAGAGGAAAUAAGAAAUACACCAGGUCUAGUAGAGUUUCUACUUGAUCGUAACAUAGAGACUGUAAAAGAGGGUAAGGAAGCAAAGUAUGAAAUAGUGAAAGUAUUGUCUAAUAGCACGGUUUUCGACCAGUCGACUCUAAAAACUUUCCAGGACUUUGUGAAAGAAGGACCAUUCUAUGUUCACGCUGUUACUGAAGUGGCCUUUGAGAAUGAAUAAUAUCCGUGAUUUGGCAUUUGUUUAUUUAUUACUUAACAUUUAUUAUAGUUUAAGCAAUAAAUGGUAUUUUUCAUUUUCUUAA